AUGAAUCCCAACUGUCCAUCCAUAACAUAUGACAUCAGUCAGUUGUUUGAUUUUAUCGAUGACUUAGCAGAUCUUAGCUGUUUGUGUACCGUGCAGACACUGUCAGACAAUAACCAACCCUACAAUAAAGACUGGAUCAAAGAGAAGAUUUAUGUUCUGCUCCGUCGACAGGCUCAGCAAGCAGGCAAAAUAGGUGAGGCAGUGCGGGAGAGCUGA